AUGAGUUCAUCGCAGGCUCCAACGAGUCCUCCGAACGAGAGGGAAGAUCCACAAACUGUUGUAUACGACCCGAAUGAUCCGUUCUGGCGGGAUACGGACGAUGAUGAUGACGACAUGGACUAUCAGCCUGCAGAGGGUGGCAGCGAAGAGGACGAAGAUGGAGAGGAGGACCUGAGCUUCCACGAUGCUGCGGAACGAUUAAACGAUCUGAGUGGGGUCGAGAUCGCCUUCGGAUACACCGACGACAACGAGGAAGACGACGACGAAGGUGAGGACGAGGAAGACGAAGAUGAAGACGAUGAAGAAGACGAUGGCGAUGGCGGCGAGGUUUCUGCGGCAGAUGGCGGCCCACGACCAGUCUACAUAACCCGCGACCAGAUCAUGCAACUACUCGGACAUGCGGGCCUGGGCCGGAUAUUUGCCUCGGACCUCACACCGCGAACUGGACGAUCGAGGAAUCUCCGGACAGUGCCAGAAGACGGCCUCGAUGAAGGCGAGGAUAACGAUCCACGCACAGGCUAUAACCUGAGACCCGAUCGGCCACGAUACCGCGGCCCGCAUGGCAGAGAGGCCUUCGAAAAGGUGCCGAGUGAACAGGGCAGGGAGCUUAUGAAUACCGGUGCGUUUGGUUCAAGCCCUCGAUCCGAAGAUACUGUCAAGAGGAAGAAGAGCGAAGGACGCCAGAAGAAUGCGAAUAAACUGCUCAGGCAGGACAUGAUCCCGGAAUCGGUCGCCGAUACUAUCAUACACUAUAACGCACGAUGCUAUUCCGGACAGUUCUCGGAUGAUGGAAACUUCUUCUUUUCCUGUGCCCAGGACUUCCGGUCUGUCGUGUAUCCGUACGGUCAAUGGACGAUCACGGAUGCCUCGCUCAGUCCAGACAAUAAGUUCUUAGCUUACAGCUCUAUUCGGAGCAUAGUAUGUCUAGCAUCUACGGAUCCAGAAGAUGAAUCCGAACCAAAUCUUCUCGACUUCGCCAACAUUGGCACCCGCAGUCCCCGUGGCUUUCACACAUACUUUGGUAUCUGGUCAAUACGAUUUUCCGGAGACGGAAGGGAGAUUGUGGCGGGUACGGGCGAUAACUCAGUCUAUGUCUACGAUAUUGAACGACGACAAUCGAUCCUUCGCAUCCCUGGCCAUCAAGACGACGUCAAUGCUGUGUGCUUCGGUGAUGCCCAAUCGCCACAUAUCUUGUACUCAGGCUCAGAUGAUACCACUAUCAAAGUUUGGGACCGCCGAAGUAUGGGAGAUGGACGCGAGGCUGGUGUCUUCCUUGGUCAUACCGAAGGACUUACCUAUGUCGACAGCAAGGGCGACGGAAGAUAUGUGCUGAGUAACGGUAAGGAUCAGACAGCCAAGUUGUGGGAUCUACGGAAGAUGAUCUCGACGGACAAGGUCGAUCGCAUUGAUACACAAGCUUACACCACACGAUUCGAAUACCGGUCCAAUGCGUACGAUGAAAACGACUUCCGACCACACCCUCAUGACUGCUCACUUGUUACCUUCCGCGGCCACAAGGUCCUGAAGACGUUGAUUCGAUGUCAUUUCUCGCCGCCUGGAAGUACCGACUCGAGAUACGUUUACUCUGGUAGCUACGAUGGCUCGGUCUAUGUCUGGAACAUGGACGCCACGUUAGCAGGCAAGGUCAAUGUACUCAAGGCGACCAAGAACUCAAGACCACGGGAUCCUGAGCUACUGGCGGAGACGUACGACUACUGGGGCCGCAAUGGCGGUAGCUGGAUGACGUGUGUGAGAGAUGCUAGUUGGCAUCCGCAUGUGCCUAUGAUUGCUGCGACCUCCUGGAAUGGAUGGGGCACCUCGCAAGGAACUUGCACAGUCCACACUUGGAAUGACGGAGUCGAAGAAGAUGAGGCAGAGCCGAGGGUUGGUAGACGGGUCAAUGCUCAGUUUCAACAUGAUGAGCGCCUCUAUAGGACUGCUGACGGCAGGUCGAGGAGACAGCCGAUGUGGUACGAUGACUGGAUGGACGAUGAUUGACUCGGCCGGAUGUCACUAUGAGUAUGAUUUAUGGAUAUGGGAGUUCCUGGGCUGGGAGUUUGGGGCUGGGACUGGAGGCGCUCUGGGCGGUCGUGGUGCUGUUCAGGUCUCGUCACAACAUGUUUGCUACAAGUUGAAGCAUUUUGCAAUACCACAUCCAUGAUCUCA